AGUUAGUUAUGUUAUCUAGCAGUGAACUUGCCAAGUAAAGUAGUAGAUAUAUAGGCACUAUGGAGGACAAGGCGCUCCUCGCCGCCGUGUCCGUGUUCGCUCUUCUCGUCGUCCUGUCCAAGCUCAAGUCCCUGCUCGUCACGAAGCCAAAGCUUAACCUGCCACCGGGGCCAUGGACGCUGCCGGUGAUCGGCAGCCUCCACCACCUCGUCACCAGCCCAAACUUCUACCGCGCGAUGCGCAGGCUGGCGCAGAAGCACGGGCCGGUCAUGAUGCUCCGGCUCGGCGAGAUCCCGAUGCUGGUGGCGUCGUCGCCGGAGGCCGCGAUGGAGGUCAUGAAGACGCACGACAUCAUAUUCGCCGACAGGUACAGGAACCCCACCAUCAACGCGCUCGCCUUCGACGGGGACGAGAUCACGUUCGCGCCCUACGGCGAGCGGUGGCGCCAGCUCCGCAAGAUCUGCACGCUGGAGCUUCUGAGCACCGCCCGGGUGCAAUCGCUGGGGCACAUCCGCGAGGACGAGGUGGCGCGGUUCAUGGAGAACAUCGCCGCGUCUGCGGGCGCCGGCGCCGCCGUCGACGUGACCAAGAUGAUUUCAAGGUUCAUUAACGACACCAUCGUGAGGGAGUCGGUCGGCAACCGGUCCAAGUACCAAGACGAGUUCAUCGACGCCAUGCACACGGCCUUGCACCAGACAUCAGGACUGGCCGUCGCUGACCUCUUCCCGUCCUCGAGGCUCAUGAGGUUUCUCGACACGGCGCCGCGUAAGGUCCUCGCGUGCCGGAAAAGGAUGGAGCGCAUCGUCGAGCAGGUCAUAGAGGAGAAGAAGGAAGCCAUGGACCGCGGCGACGACGGCCAGGCGGUGGCCGCGCACGACGGCUUCCUCAAUGUCCUGCUAAGGCUCCAGAAGGAGCGCAGCACGCCCAUCCCUGUCACCAACGACAUCAUCGUGAAGUUGGUCUUUGACAUGGUUGGUGCCGGCACUGACACCUCGUCGACCAUGCUGAACUGGUGCAUGACGGAGCUUGUCCGGUCACCGGCGGUGAUGGCGAAAGCGCAGGCCGAGGUGCGGAAGGUCUUCAAGGGGAAGAGUGCCAUCACCGAGGACGACCUCAAAGGGCUCAGCUACCUCAAGCUGGUGAUGAAGGAAGCCCUCCGGCUGCGCACCCCGGGUCCCCUUCUAGUUCCGAGGCUUUGCCGCGAGACAUGCAAGGUCAUGGGCUAUGACAUUCCCAAGGGCACGGUUGUGUUCACCAAUGUGUGGGCGAUUUGCAGGGACCCCAAGUAUUGGGACGAUCCGGAGGAGUUCAAGCCGGAGCGUUUCGAAAAUAGUCAUUUGGACUAUAAGGGAACGUGUUAUGAGUUCCUUCCAUUUGGAGCUGGCCGUCGGAUUUGCCCGGGGAUAAACCUCGGGGUGGCUAACGUUGAGCUCGCGCUUGCGAGCCUUAUAUACCACUUUGAUUGGAAGCUGCCUGCUGGAAUGAAGCCCGAGGACAUAGAUGUAAUGGAAGUUCCAGGGUUAGUCGCGCGUAAGAAAACAAGCCUGAUCUUGCACCCUGUUACUCGCAUUCAUCCAGUUAAUGCGUAAAUAAGCCGGUCAUAAUGUGGUUCAUGAACAAGUAUGGCACUGGUCAUGACUGAUAAUUGCACUAGAUCAGUCAGAUACAUGGAAAAAUAAGUGCUAGGCAUGGAUUAUAUGUGUAUCCAACUCUUCCAGCCUCUAUUUUGUAGCAUCUGGUACAUGACGUCUAUUUGAUGCAAAAGGCCAAAAUAUAUAGGAACAGAGGAGUUACAAUAUACCAUAUUAAUGAUUUUUAGCAGUAAAAUAAUAGGGUACAACUAGCUAAAGGGCACCGGGUGUUUCAGCCUCCCUCAGCACAUGAUUUUCUGAUGAUCUGAUCGCUGUGUCUGUUCGCUAUCUGUCUGAUCCCUCCCAA